CCUUCAAACUGGGACCCAAAAUCCAACUUCAACAGCAACAAUAUCCCACAGAUAUUUUACUCACUACAAUGCUUCUUCACCUUCUCAUUUCCAAAUCCAAUCUUCAAAGAAAUACCAGAAUCCGUAAAAAGAUUUUCAUGACAAACAAGCUUCCCUGAAACUAAAACCUUUCUGAAACCCUCUUCUGCAAAUGCUUCCAUCGUUUCAUCUCCUUUCCUCCCCUUCCCUUCUCUCCCUUCCUCCUCUUCACAACCCGUCUUAUUCCCCUCUCUUCCUUCUCCGAAAGCCCACUUUUUUGUCUGCCCACUCCAAACCCCACCUUGGGCCAUUCUUAUCUCAUGCUCAAGGACCCAUCACCACCAUAGCAGAAACCCAAGAGGAAGAAGAGGGACCUUUUGAGCUACCACCAUCUUCUACUUCUACUUCAAUCUUCGCUACAAAUGAUGACCCCACUCCUCUCCAAACUGCCACCAGUGUUUUGCUUACUGGUGCCAUUGGGGUCUUCCUGUUUCGUUCCCUUAGACGCCGUGCUAAGCGUGCUAAAGAGCUGAGAUUGAGGUCAUCAGAUACAAAGAAAUCAUUGAAGGAAGAGGCACUAGAUAACUUGAAAGCAAUUAGUUCAGCUUCAAUCGACACCAAGUCAUCAACACCCUCAGCAGUUCAAGCAUUGUUGGGAAGCAUAGCUGCGGGUGUCAUUACUCUUAUUCUUUAUAAGUUCACCACUACUAUUGAGGCAUCUCUUAAUCGCCAAACAGUUUCGGAUAAUUUCUCGGUUCGACAAAUAACAAUUACUAUCAGGACUAUUGUGAAUGGAUUGUGCUACCUUGCCACAUUUGUUUUCGGCAUCAAUUCUCUAGGCUUAUUCCUUUAUUCAGGUCAGCUUGCCUUAAAUUCCUUCAUGGAUGGCUCCUCUAGUAAAGAAAAUGAGAGUAAAAGUCAGGAGAAUGUAGGCUCAGUGAAAGAAGAUGUUGCAGAAGGGAUGGAAUUGACCAGUAGAAGGGAGGAUCAGAGUCCUGAUGAUAAACAAUAAUGGUAGAGAUAAUUCAACAAUAUAGUGGUAUAUAUAAGCUUCUGUAGUUUUAAUUCAUUUGCAAAGAGGAAAUGUUGAUGUUUUGCUUUCGCCACAUUGUUUCAAAUUUAUAACCUUCCUUCGUGAUAGUUAUGCAGUUUCUUAGUCGAAACCUUCCGUUUUGGAUGAAAUACUGAUACAACCAUUGUACUUUUUCUAAAUAAUUACAUAAGUUUUUAUCCUUUUUAUUA